AUGAGUAUUCGACGUAAAAAUACUUUACGUACAGCUCGUCCAUCAGCAGUUUCAAUUUAUUCAGCAGCAUUAGAUUUAAAUGAUGAUGAUACUACUCCUCAUGAAUUUUCACGAUAUUGUUCAGCAAUUUAUGUUGAUAAAGCUGAUGUAUAUCAUGUUCUUGAAAGACAAGAAGGUAAACGUACACUAAUCUAUCAUUUAUUCGUUUUUGUUUCAACAUUAAUUUCACUUAUAUUUGGUUCAAUAUCAACUAUCGAUGAAUGGCGACCAACAUUAAAUACACCAUUAUAUUAUGGUGAAUUAUCAUUAUGUAUAUUUUUUACUUAUGAACUUAUUUUACGUAUUUGGUCAGCUGGUUGUCUUGCAAAAUAUCGAACAUGGACUGGUCGUUAUAUGUUUAUAACACAACCAGUUAUUAUACUUGAUAUUUUAAACCUUCUUGGAUUUGGUUUAUCAUUAUCAACAGGUUUAACAACAGGAGAAUUUCCUGAAAUAGUCUUAAAAUUUUUACCACCAUUACAAAUGAUUCGAUUUUUACGUGUUGAUAGACAAUUAUCAUCAUGGAGAAUUUUAAAAGAAAUUUGUAUAAAACAUCGUCAAGAACUUACAGUUACAAUUGUUAUUGGUUUUAUGUUUCUUAUUAUUGGUGCUUAUCUUGUUUAUAUUGCUGAAGCACCAAUGGAUCCGAAAUUAAAUGAAGGACCAUUUAAAUCAAUGGCUGAUUCUAUAUGGUUUUCAAUCAUUACAAUGACAACAAUUGGUUUUGGUGAUCUUUAUCCAUCAACAUUUAUAGCUAAAAUGAUAACAACAACAAUUUGUUAUCUUGGCGUAGCUUUUUGGUGUUUACCAGCUGGUAUUAUUGGAAGUGGUCUUGCGAUAAAAGUUCAAGAACAAAAACGUGAUGAAGCAUUGAAUCGUCUUGUACCAGCUGCUGCAAGUGUUAUUCGAAAUUGGUGGCGACUUCGAUGUGUUUAUCAACGAAAUCGUUUUGUUGCAACGUGGAAAAUUUAUACAUUAAUUCAACGACGCGUUAAUGCUCUUACGCCACCAGUCGUAAGUUCAGCACCACCACUUCUUCGAUUAUUAUCAGCUGGUGUACUUAAUGAGAGAAAUCCAUUUCGAUUUAAUCAAACAAAUCCAAAUAAUUUACGAAGAAAAUCAAUAGCAAAGUUCGAAGAUUUACCUAAACGUUAUAUAGCAGCAAUUAAAAUCAUUCGUAUACUUAAAUAUUCUUCAUCAUGUAAAAAAUUUCAAAAAGCAAAAAGUCCAAUUGAUUUAAAAGAAGUUGUUACAGAAAAUACACAAAUGCAUAAUCGUUUAUCAACUACGCUUAAUGAUAUUCAACGUCGUUUAGAUAUUGUAUUAGGUACAACAAAACCAGCAUCAUAUUUAACUGAUGAACAAAAACGUCAAUUAACUUUAAGUGCAAGAAUUGAAAAUAUGGAAAAAUUAACAGAACAAUGUGAAAUGAAAUUAAAUCAGUUAGAAAAAUUAGCAUUGGCUUUAACAAGCGAAUAA